CACACACACAUUGGCUGCUGGAACGGUGUCAACACUGCCGUCGUCAUCAAACGCCUCUGGGCACUCAAUUAAGCCCCAAUUCAAAAACGUUGAAAGCGACAGCUUGCCACGCCCACCACGCCCACGCCACCACUGAGUGAGAGAGCGGGAGAGAGAGAGAGAGAGCGAGAGAGAGAGAGAGAGCGAAACAUCGAAGGGGCGCCCGUGGUGGCCGCUUUGAGUUGAUGUGACAAUGAAACUGAGCGUCAGCGCGUAUCGGGCGCAUGCAUCCGCACACAAGAAGAUCCUCUCCAGCGGCUAUCAUUCCCAGCUCAAUUACGGCAGCACUGGCGCCGCCGCAGCAUCCUCCUCCUCAUCGUCGGCAGCAGCGGCGGCCACUGCAACGGGCCUAUAUACGAUGGAAACGCAUGAGCAUGGCGGCAAGUUUCCAAAGGAUAUGGCUCGGCUUGAGUGCAACAGCGACACGGACGUCAUCAGCCCAACGGGCACAAGCAGCUCUGGCGGUGGCGGUGGCGGGGGAGGAGGGGGAGGAGGCGCUGGGGAUUCCUCUGGCCACAGUCACAAGCGACACCACAAGAGCAGCAGCAGCUCCUCGGCAGCAGCGGCGGCGGCGGCAGCAGCAGCAGCAGCUGCUUUGGCCAACGAUGAUGACAACAACAGUGCGGCGCAUUCAUCGGAUAGCAAGAGUCCCAGUCAGCGGAAAUCGCGUAUCGGAGAUGGAGCUUCAGAUCCAGAUUCCGAUUGGACACGGUCGAACCAACGCUGGAUGAAACUGCGCACCACCGUUCAGAUAUCAUCGGCCAUACAGAAGAAACCACCGCUCAAGCGCGAAGACUCAUUCCUGAAGCGUUUCUCAACCAGACAGAUACCCGAGACACAGGAAACUGUUGAAGACACGGGUUCAGAAAGUGCCUCUGGCGACGUCGACAAAACAGUUAAACGUAGACGGCGCUAUCUGCAGAAACGACGCUCCGUUGUUAAUCCAGAUGAAAAUUUUUACUUCUAUUGGUUAAUGAUGUUAACUAUAUGUGUUCUAUAUAAUCUAUGGACCCUUAUUGUGAGGCAGAGCUUUCCUGAACUGCAGCAAUCUGUGCCUACCUUUUGGCUCAUCUGCGAUUCAAUGACAGAUGUUGUAUUUAUCUUAGAUAUAAUAGUUCAAUUACGCACAGGCUACCUGGAACAGGGCCUUAUGGUAUAUGAUGACAAGAAGCUGGCUUGUCAUUAUGUGCACUCGCGUGAGUUCAUCUUUGAUAUGAUAGCGCUGAUUCCACUCGAUCUGCUGCAGUUAAAGAUGGGCACACAUCCGCUUUUGCGUUUUACGCGCUUUUUUAAAGUAUAUCGAUCUGUGAGAUUUUAUUACAUCGUAGAGAGUAGAACAGUUUGGCCAAAUUUAUGGCGUGUUGUUAAUCUAAUUCAUAUCCUGUUAAUAUUGGCCCAUUGGUUCGGUUGUUUCUAUUUUUUACUCUCCGAGGCGGAAGGCUUUCAGGGCGAUUGGGUGUAUCCCUAUAGACCGGGUGAUUAUGCGACAUUGACACGCAAAUAUCUUGGCAGCUUAUACUGGUCAACGUUAACACUGACAACGAUCGGUGAUCUGCCGACGCCGGAGACGAAUGCAGAACCGAACUUUUCGGUGGACGGCCCCAGAUCAAUACCAAGGCGUGGCAUCAAAUCGCGACUGCUACAAUUUGGGUCUAGCUAUGGGUAUAUUUUCACGAUAGUCAGCUAUUUGAUCGGUGUUUUUAUCUUUGCGACAAUUGUGGGCCAAGUGGGCAAUGUGAUAACCAAUCGUAACGCCAAUCGACUUGAAUUCGAGCGUUUGUUGGAUGGCGCCAAGACCUACAUGAGGCAUCACAAGGUGCCUGGUGGCAUGAAGCGGCGAGUGCUGCGCUGGUAUGACUACAGUUGGUCGAGGGGUCGCAUCCAGGGUGGCGGUGAUAUCAACACGGCUUUGGGCCUGCUGCCCGAUAAACUGAAAACCGAAUUGGCCUUACAUGUUAACCUAAGCGUACUGAAAAAGGUGACCAUAUUCCAAGAGUGCCAGCCGGAGUUUCUGCACGAUCUGGUGCUGAAAAUGAAGGCAUACAUCUUUACGCCAGGCGACUCCAUAUGCCGCAAGGGCGAGGUGGCCCGCGAGAUGUUCAUCAUUGCUGAUGGCAUUCUGGAGGUGCUCAGCGAAACGGGCAAGGUGCUGACCACAAUGAAGGCUGGCGAUUUCUUCGGUGAGAUCGGUAUACUGAAUCUGGAUGGUCUCAAUAAACGUACUGCGGAUGUGCGCUCUGUGGGCUAUUCUGAGCUGUUCUCGUUGUCGCGCGAGGAUGUCCUCGCCGCCAUGAAGGACUAUCCCGAUGCACAGGAGAUUCUGCAGACGCUCGGUCGCAAACGCCUCAUGGAGGUGCGUUGUGUGAACAAGAAAUAUGCCAAGGCUCAAAGCGACAAAGAGAACGCUGCUUUUGCGGCAGCGCAUCCACAUCAUCAACACCAACAUCAGCACCAGCAUCACCAUCAGGUGCAUCAGAGUGAUAGCAGCGAGAACAGUGCCUCCAAAAAGAUUGUGGACAAACUGAAACACGACGUCAAAGGCUUUCGCAACGUGCUCAAAAAGUCCAGAACCUCGCGUAAAAGUGACGAGUCAAUGGAAAUGCAGCCCCUGCAUAAUACCUCACCUCGUGGCAGCAAGAUCAUGCUGAAGCGCAUGUCGCGAGUGCGAUCAGAUGAAAAGGAUGCGGAUAGCGCCGAAGCCAAGGAUGAGCUGCACGACAAGACGCCCAGUCCAAUUGGGGCUGGAUUGCCGCUGUUGCAACGCCUGCGUCUACUUAAGGAGAAGCAGGAAUCGAUACAGGAAGAGCCCGAACGCGAGUUCAACGAAGGCUUUCCCCUGAUCCAGAGAUUGCAACAGUUGAAAAUAAAAAACGAGCCCCAAUCGAACGCCUCUAGCGAAUCCUCUAGCGUCGCCAUGGCCAACACACCAUCUAACAUCAGCAGCAAAGUGGAUGCCGGUACAUCUGCACUCGCAUUGGGAGUUGCAACCGCAACAGGAAGUGGAGUUGGGACAGUUGCAACUGCCCCAGCUGCGAGUGGCGCACAAACGUUGAGCGUGGCACCAAUCAAGCCCAUCAUGAAGGUCUCCUUCAAGCAGAAGAUUCAGCAGCUGCAGGGCAUUGCACCAGCCUCUGGUUCAGCCUCAACCUCAACGGCGACGGCGACGGCGACGGGAACGAGCGUCAGCACCGGCGCUAUUGCCAAGAAGGAGCCGCCCAAGUCGCUGGCGGUGAUUGCCAAGCAUGCGACAACAUUAGGAUCGGAGACAACAGCGAGUGGUGCGGUGGCAACGGCGCCUGGCGGACUGCCGCUGGCCAAGAAGCUGGUGCAGCACAAGCUGAGCACACCGACAAUGCAAUCGGACACGGACACCGAUGGCACACCCAUUAAACCCUGGUCCAAGCUGAAACUGGCGACGCUCAUGUCGUCCAGCUACACCAGUCUGACCAAUUGCCAAUCGCCCGACGGCGAGCUGGAGACGCCGCUGAAGAACUACUCGCUGAGCAACAUCCCCCAGCACAUGAUGGACGCAGGCGGCGCUGCGGGCGGAUCACGCGCUGUCCGGCAUCACAGUGCGCGCAGCUCACGUUCGCCCCGACCACAUCAUCAUGGGCACGGGCACGGGCAUCAGCAUCAAUAUCAUGGUCGCGGAUCUAGUUCGAGCACCUGCUCGUCCAGUACGCGCAGCACGUUGAGCACAACGCGCGAGUGCCUGCGACUGCAGAAGCCGGAACAGAAGUUGCCCGAGGGGGGCGAUGUGGCCGAGUCGCAGGGACGCAAGUUCUACUCGAGUGUGUUUGAUCUGUCGCCGGAAUAUUGCGGACUGCCGUUUGUGAAGCGCCUGAAGAUCCUCAAUGAGCGACAGAAGCUGGCCGAGCUGGAGAAGGCGUUGCAGACGCGCAGCUUUAGUCUCGACUGCUCGAAGUCGACGAGCAACAACAACGAAGUGCCCAUCAGCGAAUCGCUGUAUCGCUGCUACAGCGACACCUCUGGCAUCUAUUCGCAGUUCCUUAGCACUUAUGAAUCGACGACGAGUUCCGCAUCGAUAUCGACGAACACAUCCGCCUCCGCAUCAGCAUCCGCAUCCGCAUCGGCGUCAGCUUCGCAAUCGGACAGCAAUUGCCAAAGGCAGCAGCAGCAGCAGCACGCAACGCAGUUGCAACAGCAAUUGGAGUACAUGCCACUGAGUCCAGAAUCGAAUGAGACCGUCGAGAGGCGCAAGCUGAAGAGCAUACUCAAGAAACUGCAGAAGGGAGUGGGUGGUGGAGGUAGCGAGGGUAACGGCGAUGGCAAUGCCGAUGCUGCUAGCCAAGAUGAAACCGUGAUGAUGCGGCGGGGCCUGCUCACGGAGCCGACCUUGGAAGGCCCGCCCGCCAGUGCCAAAGAGGAAGCUCAGUUCGCUGCCCUCGGCUCUGUCGCCGGCGGCAACCAACAGCAACAACAUACGAACACGAACCUCGCCCCCAUCAACAGCAAUAGCAAUAGCAUCAGCAAUGGCAAUAAGAAAUUCGCGAUCGCGAUCGCGCACGGCAAAGGCAACGGCAACGGCAACGGUAAUGGCAACGGUAACGGUAAAGAUAUGGCAACGACGCCUGAGGGCGCCGCAUGUCACGCUGCAGCAUGGUCGCCGACGUUGGCAUUGGUAACGCCAACGAAUUCGCCGCAAGAGAGUUUCGCCUUUGAGCCACAACAAUUGGGCGGCGUUAUCGCUGGCGUUGGCAGCGUCUCAACGUCCUCGUCAUCAGCGUCGGUUUCCGCUGCCGCGUCCGCGUCGACAACGGGUUUAGCCACGACUUCCGCAUCCGCUGCCGCAUCGGCUUUGGCCUCCGCAUCCGCUUCCGCAACCGCCUCCGCAUCGUAUGUGGUCGAGUGUUCGUCGAUGUCAUCGUCGAAUAAGAUACUCUCACAGAACACCGAAUUUCAUGCACAAUCCACAACAUCCACAGAUUUGAAUUUGAAUUUGCAGCUCCGGCAGAACACGACGAGUGCACUGAGUCAAGGCCCCAAGCUGGAAGGAUUUCCAGAGCCGCAGGAUUACUUCAAUCAGAUCUUGAGCGGCAUCAAUCAGGUGAUCAAGACGCACAUGAACGAAAUGCACUCCAAAUUCGAGACGCAAUUCUCCAGCAUGGCCGGAGAAGUGCGUCGCCGUGAUGCAAUCAUUGCCCAGCUGCAGCUCAAACUGCGCACCAUCGAGCAGAAGUCAACGCUGACGGCGAGCACAGCACGGCGGCUGAAGCGCGAGAAGCUCUCACAGAUCUCCGUGGACGAUGAUGAGCCGGGCGAGCAGGACAACAGCAGUUCCGGCAGCUCGGCGGAGCUGCUCUUUAUGCGUGGUGACUCGCUGGACACGGUGUUCACCUCUUCGCCACCCAUUCAGGGCGGCAGACGGAGCAUAUCGCCCGGUCCCAGCAGGCAUCAUGCCGCCUCCGCCAAUGCUUUGAACUGUCCCAGCAGCUACUACAGCGGACCCGGCACGCUGGCCCUCUCCACGCGCCACGCACAGAGCCAUCCCAGCUUCUAUGCCGCCCACGGCAAUGGACGCUACAGCAGUCGCGGUGGCUAUCGCGAUUGGGAUGACCGAAUGCUGGCCAGCAGCAGCAGCAGCUCCUCGGCUGCAGUUGCAACUGGCAGCGGAGUCCUGCCCAGCGAUGUGGUUGGCGGCAGCGGCAUGAUGGUGUCCGAUGUGACGGGCAAUUUGACCAGAUUAUCGGACAGCGUUAUACUCGACAUUGGCGAGAGCUCCAGCUCCAGUUCGUCGUCCAGCAAAAUGAACAUUGCCGGCGACGAUGAUGACGACGACGAGGCCGAGGAUGAGCUCAGCAGCGCCGCCUUGGUUACGUCGGCCAGCAGCAGCGGCGUCGGUGGCGGCGGUGGCGGGGGCGCUGCCAACGAUUGGGAGGUGCAAAUGCUGGCCGCCGAAAUGGAGCGACAGGAGCGCAAACGUGGCCAUUCGCUCUCUGACAAUCUCGGCGAGCUGCGGCACUGCAGCACAUUCCUGCGACGUCGACGCAAGUUCAGCGACACCGAGACCGAGUACAGCGAAACGGAGGCGGACGAGCGUCUAUCGAGUCACUCAGCUGGCGGAGCAUCUGGAGCUGGAGGCAGCACUAGCAUUGCGGCUGAUGUGACCGAUGUGCCCGGUGGCCUGCAGCUGCAGCAGAGCGGCAACAGUCGACCGCGUGCCUCGAGCUUGGAUCAGUUCAAUUUACGCUAUGGCAUCGGGCGAGGCAUCUUUAAAGCAAUGAGCAUCGAUCGUGAUAAAGACAAGCUUUGAGAACUAUAAUCUCAGCACAACUAGCCCAAAACACAGCAACAACAACAGCAACAGCAACCACAGAAACAAUAACUGAA